AUGAUAGAUCAAGGGGAAAUCCUUGGAGGAAGAAAAACCCAAACCUCCUCGUGGGAGUACUUCAUACAUUAUGUUGGUUUGGAUCGUCGACUUGACGAGUGGGUAAGUCAUGAAAAAAUUAGUCCAAUAACAAAAAGCCCUAACCCCACCAUUACAAGUAAAAAUGGUAAUGAUAAUCGGGCCAACAAAAGAAGAAAAACUGCUAGUGAAAAAGAACAAGGGGUGAAAGUAAGACAAACGGAUUCUGUUGUGAUAGGUGAACAUGAAAUAAAGUGCUGGUACGACUCCCCAUAUCCAGAUCCCUAUAAAAAUUUAAAUAAAUUAUAUGUUUGUGAGUAUUGCAUGAAGUACAUGAGGCUACAGGGAACAUACAAGCGUCACACGCAAACUUGUAGACCAGAAUGCCCUGGUAAAUUAAUUUAUGAAAAAAAUAAAAUAAGAAUGUACGAAGUAGACGGUAAAGAUUCCAAGUUAUAUUGCCAGAAUCUUAGCCUUUUAACAAAAUUAUUUAUCGAUGACAAGUCAGUAUAUUUCGACGUAGAACCUUUCAUGUUCUAUAUUAUUACAGAAAUGGACGCCGGAGGCAUCGAGCAUUUCGUUGGUUUCUUUUCAAAGGAGAAAAUAUCUUACGAUAAUUAUAAUUUGGCGUGUGUAUUGAUUUUACCACCAUUUCAAAAACAUGGUUAUGGGAAAUUGUUAAUAGAAGCGAGUUAUGAAUUUUCAAAGAGAGAGAAUAAAAUUGGUUCACCCGAAAAACCAAUAUCUGAUUUAGGUCUUAUGGGAUUUCGUUCUUAUUGGAAAAGGACAAUCUUUGACUUAAUUCAAAAUUAUAUAAACUCUGCACCAUAUCAUACGGCAAUAAGUGAAGACGAUGUAUUAGAUGCACUUAAAGAAAUGGGGUUUUUGAAAUAUAAAAGUCCAAAGUUAGAUAGUACUUACAGCCCCAAACUAAAAAGAAAAUUCGAUAAAAUGGCCAAGGAACAUACACCGGCUAUCUGUAUCACUGAGAGUAUGAUUGACGAAUAUGCCAAGAGUCAAGGUUCCAAGAGACAAAAAACUAUGUUGGACCCUGACAGUUUGGAUUGGACCCCGGCAAAUGCUGGUUUUAUUGGUGGCGGAUCAAUUUGUGUAGUUGGAGUUUUAUUGAAAUCAAUUGCUGGAAUUAGAAAAGCAUUUGUUGAUUUUUGA